GCCAAGGGGUCAUUCCUCUAACUGCUAACUGCAUGUCUCAAGCUAUAGUAGAUGUUUCAGAAAACAUGAGGGCCAAAAUUUACUCACUUUAUUGUAAAAUAGGAUUCACAGACCUUCCCGGAUUGACAGUGGAAGAUCACAUUACUUUGACAGUUAUUGAAACAUACCUUGACUUUAAGAUGGGUGAAGUUUGGACAGAGAUUUUGUCUGAGUUAGACCAGGAGAAGGUGAGACCGACCACACCCGACAUGGAGGCGGUAGAAGCUAUAUCACGUGCGAUAGAAAAUCGUGCAGAGAUUGCGGUCGGAACUCUGCAGGAACUCCUGGAGGCCCAGCAGAGUCAAGAUGUGCUCAAUGGACAAGAGUUUUAUGCAGAGAUUAGAGAGAACUACAGACAGAAGGAAAAACAACUGAAUGACUUCCUGAUUUUGCUGCCAGAACAUCGAAUUAUGAACUUUUGAAGGCUGCAAAAGAAAGACAAGACUAUUCAGUAGAAGCCUCAAGGAUACCAAAUGAAUAUAAAUCAUCUGAUUUCUUCCAUGAAACUGAUCUGGCUAACCUGAAAACAACAGUAUUAGGCAGUAGAAAUGUAUCCAUUGACAGUACACCUAUUUAACAGACUGGUGGACCUUUGUCUAAAUAUGACCCAUUGACAGGAACAAAAUAGGUCCGCA